AGAGGAAAAAAGAUAUCCACCACUCUAAUUACCACCCCAUCCGAGAAAAGGGGGAGAAGAAAAUUCCUUGGCUCCCUCGACAGGCUCCGCCGCUAAACCCUAGCUAGCUCGAACCCCGGCGAGGCCAGAGAGCAGAGGAGUCGGCACCCGCGGAGAUGCCUUCUGCUUCGUCGGCGGUGGGGAGGCUGCAGGCCGCGGCGCAGGACGCCGCCAACUCCUCCUCCUCCUCGCGCUCCGCCUUCUCCGACCAGCUCCUCGUGCCCAGGGAGGCAGGCCGGAUGGUGUCUCUGUCAGCUUGCGCGAAGUUCGGCGCCGUCAGCUUUGUGGUUGGUGUCGUGGUUGGCUUCACCCUGAAUAAAAGGCUGCGCCGGUGGGCUGCCAAGCUGCUCAAGAGAAUUAAGGACGAUAACUAGCAAAGCCAGUGCAAUUAAUCUCGAAAUUUUGUUGGCAAAUGUUCUCUAGUUACAUCUGUAGUAACCCCAAGUUGAAACUCAUUUACUGCUUGGGUUAACUGUGAUGGAUACAACAUAGUCGUUCGUAGGCUGUAUCACAAAUCUCCUUUAGGGGACGUAAUUCUGUACUGGCAAUUGUGCCAUGUGCAGAUUCCGCUUUGUUUCUCUCGCUGAUCGUCAAUAUAGGGUGCCGCUGUGUGGUCCUCUUGGGAGUUCAUGGCUGGCUGUUGAAAA